UUGUAGUUGAGUGGUCCUACAUAUUCAUACUUCCCACAACAGGCCUGUUAAUCUUUUUGGCGACGUUUUAAGGUCUAUUUUUUAGCUGCAGACUCAUUUUUCAUUUCGAAGAGUUCGGUUCAAAGGGUUAUGUGGCUGAAAGCCUGAAACAUGACAGUUUCGAAGGAUGAGUGGUAGUGGUUCAGUUCUGAGAGCGCUUGAACUAAAGAAUCCCAAACUUGUAUUGCUGGAAUCCUGUUCUUCUCUCUCCCACCUGAAGAUCAUCCAUGGUCAUAUGAUCAGAACCCAUUCCAUCUUUGACGUAUUUUCGGUCAGUCGUCUGAUUGCCUGCUGCGUAGACAGUUUAUUGGGAACAAACGCACUAGAUUAUGCCUUUCGUGUUUUCUCCCAAAUUCAGAACCCCAAUCUCUUCAUCUACAAUGCAAUUAUCAGGGGAUUUUCGGUCAGUGAAAACCCAGAUAAAGCCUUCUGCUUUUACCGCCAGUCGCAACACCAUGGUUUGGUUCCUGAUAAUCUUACCUUCCCCUUUUUGGUCAAGGCUUGCACUAAUUGGGGAUCCAUGUGUAUAAGCUCCCAAACCCAUUGUCAGAUCAUCAAGUAUGGGUUUGAGCAUGACAUAUACGUACAAAACGCUCUUGUUCAUAUGUAUUCAACGUUGGAAGAUAUGAAGGCAGCCCAAGACGUAUUUCAAACUAUAACUUGUUUGGAUGUGGUUUCUUGGACUUCAAUGAUAGCUGGUUUUAACAAAAGUGGAGAUGUUGAAACUGCACGUAAGCUGUUCGAUAGAAUGCCUGACAAAAACUUGGUUACUUGGAGUGUGAUGAUCAGUGGGUAUGCUCGGAAUAAUUGUUUUGGUAAAGCUAUUGAAUUGUUCCAAGUUCUCCAAUCCGAGGGUAUACAAGCAAACGAGACUGUCAUGGUCAGUGUGGUAUCUUCGUGUGCUCACUUGGGAGCCCUUGAUCUAGGGGAAAAGGCUCAUGAUUAUGUGGUGAAAAAUAACAUGACUGUGAAUUUGAUUCUGGGAACAGCUCUUGUGGAUAUGUAUGGUAGAUGUGGAAGCAUUGAGAAGGCUAUUCAAGUUUUUGAAGAUUUGCCUGAGAGGGACAGCCUAAGUUGGACAGCUCUGAUUGCUGGACUAGCAAUGCAUGGCUAUGCAGAGAAAGCGGUCGAGUACUUCUCGCAGAUGGUGAAGACAGGUCUGCUUCCAAGAGACAUAACGUUUACAGCAGUAUUAUCAGCUUGCAGUCACGGGGGAUUGGUUGAAAGAGGUCUGGAGAUUUUUGAGAUCAUGAAAAGAGACUACGGUAUUGAGCCUAGUCAGGAACACUAUGGAUGUGUGGUCGAUCUUCUUGGACGAGCUGGGAAGUUAGCAGAAGCUGAGAAGUUUAUUCUUGAAAUGCCUACAAAGCCUAAUGCACCAGUUUGGGGUGCAUUACUGGGAGCUUGCAGAAUCCACAGAAACUUAGAGAUAGCAGAACGAGCGGGAAAUAUGCUGAUCCAGUUAAAGCCAGAACACAGUGGCUACUAUGUGCUGCUCUCAAACGUAUAUGCACGUACAAACAAGUGGGAGAAUGUUGAAAUAAUGCGUCAGACUAUGAAAGAAAAAGGAGUUAAAAAACCUCCAGGUUAUAGUUUGAUUGAGAUAGAUGAGAAAAUUCACAAGUUUACAAUUGGAGACAAAACACAUCCGGAAAUAGAGAGCAUCGAAAGAAUGUGGGAAGAGAUUCUGAGGAAGAUAAGGUUGGCAGGAUACACAGGGAAUACAGCCGAUGCUUUGUUCGAUAUAGACGAGGAGGAAAAAGAGGAUGCUCUGUACAGGCACAGUGAAAAGCUUGCGAUUGCUUAUGGAAUUAUGAAGGUUAAGCGUCCAAUAACAAUUCGGAUAGUGAAAAACUUGCGAGUGUGCGAGGAUUGUCACACAGCUACUAAACUAAUCUCAAAAGUUUUUGAGCGAGAGUUGAUUGUGAGAGACCGGAACCGGUUCCAUCACUUUAAAGGAGGUGCCUGCUCUUGCAUGGAUUACUGGUAGAGCUGCAAACCAGUACCAACGGUAAAGAUUGAAACCAUUGUGUUAUGAAGACAACUUGGCAUUAACAUUCAACUUUUCCAUACAUAUGAUUUUCUCAUUGCAUCAAAAGCUACAAUGUUUUCUUGGCCAAUAGCAUUUGGCUGGAUAACAAAAUCCCUAAACACUCAUGCUCAAAUUCAAACAAGCUCAUCGGUCUACAAAUUGGAAAAAUCUGCGUUCAGAAGAUUUGAAGAAGAACGAGAAGAUCAAGAAAGCGAACAACCAACAGCCCCUCCAGCUUGUUUUCCUGUCAAUCGUUGCACGACAUCCAUAAACUCCUCCGGCUUGACUUGAAUAAUCUCAGGUGAUCUCAGAUACACAAUAACAGGAUCAGGCUGUUGCUUGUUACUCUUUGUGGAGCACUCUUUGUUGAUCAUAAGGGGCGCAGGCCUUGGACCCUGCAACUGGCUUCUCACCGGAUAGUUCAUGAUCUUCAACACAAUUAGUAGCAAAUGCUAAGGUAUUUUUGAGAUUGAAUGUGGUCUCCUAACUCUUGAACUUGGGUUUAAUCACACAUGAAUAUUUAUAUAUAUGUGUAGACUGCCAAGACAUUGAGUGUUUGUGUU